UAUUGACGGUGGCGCUGGUCACCAGUUGCAGGCAGAAUUUGCUUUGUUUUGACAGUCUUGUGUUUUUCUUUCUCAAAAUUGUAAAAACAGUGGAAUAUUUAAAAUAUUUAUUUAGUUAAGAAUAUAAAAUAAAUCUUAAAAUGGCCAAUAAUAACAAGAAUGAUUUGCUAGCUGUGCUACAGCUGCUGCGAAAAUACAAUUUGAAAGGCACGGAGGAUAUACUGCGUCGAGAAGCACAGUUAACAGAUAUUCCUGAUACAGUUCCUGGGGACUCGGAUGUAAGUAGCGUGUUAGCAGCUUAUAAGAGUGAAGGCGAUCCGGAGAUCUAUGAGACGUCAUUCCUGGCGUUGAGAAACUUUGUGGCAGAGUCUUUAGACAUCUAUAAGCAUGAAUUGGCUAUGAUUCUCUAUCCCGUAUUGGUGCAUAUGUACUUAGAAUUGGUGUACAAUAACCAUGAGGAACAGGCAAAAAGGCUGAUGGAGAAAUUUGGGCCUGAACAGGAGUACUACUAUCAGGAGGAUCUUAGGCGAUUGGCAAUGGUUACCAAAAGAGAUCAAAUGAGUGGAAAUGAUCUUACAGAUACCUUCAAGUCUAAUGAAUUCAUCAUAAGAAUUUCGAGGGACACACUGUCUCUGCUAAAGAGGCAUUUGCAAGAGAAAAAACAGUCCGUUAUAAUGAAUAUUGUCAAUGAGCAUCUCUACUUUGAUUUGUACGAAGGAGUGGCCAGGAAUAAGACACAGUGUGAUGCUACAGCCGGUGCUCUGACUGGAGAGGCAAAACGUCAGGAUAACAAGAUCAAGGUGUACUAUGGGCUCCUCAAGGAACCUGAUUUUCAGUCACUGACAGCUCCUCCUGAAGAGGAUGAUGACCUAGAUCCCGAUGCUCCGGAUAAGCCAAAAAAGAAAAAAGCUAAGAAAGAUCCUCUGUUGUCUAAAAAAUCAAAAUCAGAUCCAAAUGCACCACCAGCUGAUCGGAUGCCUCUUCCGGAGCUUCGUGACAUUGACAAGUUGGAAAAAAUCAAAGCACUGAGAGAGGCAUCAAAACGCGUAAAUCUUGGACCAGACAGUUUACCAUCUGUUUGUUUCUACACUCUCCUCAAUUCUGCCCAUAGUGUGACCUGUGCUGAGAUUGCCGAAGAUUCAAGUCUCUUGGCAGUAGGAUUUGCAGAAUCCAUCGUACGUGUGUGGUCAUUGACUCCAGGAAAACUGAGAGAAAUGAAGCCAGCAGAACAGCUAAAGGACAUUGAUAGAGAUGCCGAUGAUGUUCUCGUGAGAAUGAUGGACGAUAGAACGGCUGAAACCUGUCGUACAUUCCACGGACACUCUGGGCCAGUUUACAGGUGUGCCUUUUCCUUAGAUCGUUCUAUGAUGCUAUCUUGUUCAGAAGAUGCCACCAUUCGGCUUUGGUCUCUGCAUACCUGGACGUGUGUUGUGGUCUACAAAGGACAUCAGUUUCCAGUGUGGGAUGUGCGAUUCUCACCACAUGGCCAUUACUUUGUCACAGGUUCACAUGACAAGACAGCCCGUCUUUGGGCAACGGAUUCCCAUCAGCCAUUGAGAAUUUUUAUCGGACAUCUAGCUGAUGUAGACUGUGUACAAUUUCAUCCUAAUUCUAACUACAUUGCCACCGGGUCCAGUGACCGAACUGUUAGAUUGUGGGAUUGUGUAUCUGGGAAUCAUGUAAGGCUUAUGACUGGUCAUAAAGCACCAAUUUAUGCUCUUGCCUUCUCCAUGUGCGGACGCUUUUUGGCGUCUGGAGCUGCUGAUCAUCGUGUUCACAUAUGGGAUUUGGCCCAUGGACAUUUAAUUGCUGCUUUCACCACGCAUACUUCCACUAUUCAUAGCUUAUGUUUCAGUCGAGAUGGUACAAUCUUAGCUUCAGGAUCUCUGGAUUGUACCCUGAAUCUCUGGGACUUUACGAAGCUAUGCGAGGACAUCAGUGGGGAAAAUGUUAAUGUCUCUCACAAUCCAGAUGUUCGGGAUGGCGAACAGUAUCUUCUGAGAUCUUUCCCGACAAAAUCUUCUCCAUUCUUAACACUUCACUUUACAAGAAGGAAUCUUUUAUUAGCUGUGGGAAUGUACGAUAGUGGCUAAAUUUUUAGGUUUUUUUUUAUAUGGAUGUUUGAUAAAUUCAACAAAAAGCAUUAUGAAUGAACCAAGAAGGUACACCAAGGCUUUUCAUGCCUCCAUACCUUUUAGUUUCAAAGUUCUUAUAAGCAUUGCAAACGGUAAAAAUUAAACCUUAUUAAAGGAAUUAUUAGAUUAUUGAUAAUAAUAAAAAAAUCCGAACGUGACAAA